AUGGCGCCGGUGGCGGAGGUGGCCCGGCUCCUGGCCGGGUUCCGGCGGCACCUCGAGGACCGGUCGGCGCACCACCUGGGGUACGGGUACCCGUACAACCUGGACUUCGACUUCGCCCCGCUGGCGCCGUUCCUGGAGGGCCUGUGCAUCAACAACCUGGGCGACCCCUUCGUGGAGAGCAACUACGGCGUGCACUCGCGGCCGCUGGAGGUGGCGGUGCUGGACUGGUUCACCCGCAUCUGGGACCUCGGCCCCGGCGACUACUAG